UUUCUUUUAUUUGCCUUGCGAGUAACGUGAGGGAGUGCGGAGUGACCCGCAGCGCCCCCCUCUCUCUCUAUCUGGACCGAGAGCAUGGCUCAGAGAAAAGGCUGCGAAUUGGGAUAAAAUCUUGCCUGGCAUAAAAAAAUUUCUCUUCGAAUUCUAGUGGAAAAGGAGUAAAGGAGUCAGUCGUUCUCGGAGCGAUCGAUUACCGUCUCUUAAGGGGGAUUCUUGUCAAAAUUGGGAGUUUUUUUGAAGAACUGAUGGAUACGUUUGCGAGAGUAGUUUUCACUGAAGAGGUCACCUUCCUCUAGGACGACUUUAAUUGGCUCAAGUGAGACAAACUGCAGGAAAGAUGAAGUUGAUCAUUGUACUGUUCAUUUUGGCCUUGCUGCAACCUUUUGCUGAGUCUGAUCGUCAAGGAGAUGCAUUAAUUGACAUGAAGCUUAAGUUAAAUGCCACUGGCAGCCAGCUUGCUGAUUGGAAUCAAAAUCAAGUCAAUCCUUGCACAUGGGGCUCUGUUUUUUGUGAUAAUAGCAACAAUGUCAUCCAAGUAACACUGCCUAACAUGGGAUUCACUGGAACCUUGUCAGAAAGCAUUGGAGUGCUGAACCAUUUAAAUGUAUUGUCAUUGCCAAAUAACAAUAUAACUGGUGGAAUACCAGAAUCAUUUGGAAAUUUAUCUAGUCUGACAAACUUGGAUUUGGAAAAUAAUCUUUUAAGUGGAGAAAUACCAGCUUCUCUUGGCAGGCUUACUAAGCUUUCAAUUUUGACUCUGAAUCAAAAUAAUCUUACCGGAAAUAUUCCUGAAUCCCUUUCAAACCUUUCAAGCUUAAACGACAUUGGUCUAGCUUUCAAUCAUUUUAGUGGUCGGAUACCUGAUCCUCUAUUUCAAGUAGCCAAAUACAACUUUACAGGUAACAAUCUAAAUUGUGGCGCAAAUUUUCCACACCCUUGUGCUUCCAAUGUACCCGGCCAAGGAAGAUCUGGUAAUACAAAGAUUAGAAUUGUGCUUGGAUGUGUUGGAGGAGUAAUAGGGUUCCUUGUUAUAGGGGUUGCAUUUCUGUUCUGCAGGAGUAGGAGGAAAGGUUAUCGACCAGAAAUUUUUGUAGAUGUUGCAGGUGAAGACGAUCGCAGAAUUGCAUUUGGACAGUUGAAAAGAUUUACAUGGCGAGAAUUGCAAUUGGCCACAGAGUGGUUCGGUGAGAAAAAUAUUCUUGGUCAGGGAGGUUUUGGAAAAGUAUAUAAAGGUGUGCUUCCAGAUAAUACAAAAAUUGCUGUAAAAAGGUUGACUGAUUAUGAAAGUCCUGGAGGGGAAGCUGCAUUUUUACGUGAAGUCGAGAUGAUAAGUUUAGCUGUUCACAGAAAUCUAUUAAGGUUGAUUGGUUUCUGUACAACACCAACAGAACGGCUUCUAGUUUAUCCUUUUAUGCAAAACUUGAGUGUUGCCUACUGUUUACGAGACUUUAAACCUGGGGAACCAGUGUUAGAUUGGCCUACGAGAAAAAAAGUGGCUUUAGGUACUGCACGGGGUUUAGAGUACCUUCACGAACAUUGUAACCCGAAAAUUAUACAUCGUGAUGUUAAAGCUGCUAAUGUCUUGCUUGAUGAGGAUUUUGAAGCAGUUGUUGGGGACUUUGGCUUGGCAAAAUUGGUUGAUGUGAGGAGGACGUCUGUGACAACUCAAGUUCGUGGGACCAUGGGCCACAUAGCACCUGAAUAUUUGUCGACUGGAAGGUCAUCUGAGAAAACUGAUGUUUUUGGUUAUGGGAUCAUGCUUCUUGAACUUGUUACUGGACAACGUGCAAUAGACUUUUCUCGCUUAGCAGAAGAAGAUGAAGUACUAUUGCUUGAUCAUGUUAAGAAACUAGAGAGGGAAAAGCGAUUGGAUGCUAUUGUCGACCGCAACCUAUGUAUGAAUUAUAAUGACCAGGAAGUGGAAAUAAUUAUUCAAGUUGCUUUGCUUUGCACCCAAGCUUCACCAGAGGAUCGUCCUACAAUGUCUGAAGUAGUUCGGAUGCUUGAAGGGGAGGGGCUGGCUGAGAGAUGGGAAGAGUGGCAGCAAACUGAAGUUUCACGGAGGGAAGAGUCUGAGAGGUUGCAAAUGAGAUUUGAUUGGGGUGAUGAUUCUUUGUAUAACCCCGAAGCCAUUGAGCUCUCUGGUGCAAGAUGACAUGGAGGUGGUGUUACAAUCAAAUGGUUGUCAGGAAUGUGAAGAACAGAGAAAAUGGUUUUUUUUUCUUUUCUUUUUUGCUUUGUUGUAUGCUUUUUGUAAUUGUUGCUAUUCAGGCAGAGGCUAAAGGGCCUUUAGCUACAGGCAAGGCUCGGGAUAUGGGGAUAUGGAUUUCACCUUAUGGGGAAUAGGCUGUGUACCACCAAAGAUGGGUUAUUCAGGGGUCAAAAGUUUAGAUUUACCCAUUUUUUUCAAUAAGAAAAGCGCUUCUCUAGAUCCCACAAAAGAUCGAUGACAAGCUUGAUCCCUAAUCGUGGAAUUGUGAUCGCUGAUCUGAAUGCCAAGAUGGAACAUAUACUGGCUAUGAUGCAGAUCGUCAUGCUUCAACACCAGACGCCUCCGUCCCCGGCGACCCAACAGAACAAGGUCAUCAAAGUGUGUUUGGGGGAUAUGCCUUGCGCCUUGGUCUUCUUUUCAUCAAGAACCAUCUUACAUUUUGUAUAAAUCCCAGUAUGCCUUCCAAAUUGAAGGAAUUUUGCAUGAAAAAGCCCCACUUUAUCUCAUUUUCGCAGAAAAGGUCACUUUUAUUCUUUUUGCAGAAAAGCCACUUUAGACUUUCUUGGACCAUUGUACCUUUUUUUCUCAUGUCUAGCAUAAGCACGAAUCUGUGUACACAUUAUAUUUGCAUCAAUUGCCAAUAUUUGGCAUUGAUUAUUA